AUCAAGACUGAUAAAGGCCCCGAACAUCAUUGGAUACAACGCCACUCUCAACAGAUCAGAGAAAAGUUUCUAAUCCUGGUUACAGACAGAUUUGAACAGCAAUCAUGACGUCAUCUAAGGCUUACCAGAAACUUCGGCAAAUUCAACGAGACCAUUGUUUGGAAGAAGACAAAGACGCUGAUGUAGCCAUAAGUCAGAGGCUAAAGGAAGUACAGGCAAUGGUGACUAGACGUGCGGAACUCUGGCAAGUCUGGGAGCUGAUGAGUGAGGAACAGAAAAACAAGAUAUUGCAAAUAGCGGAAAUUCCUACUGAAAACUUGAAAAAAGAAAGAAGAAAGAAAUGGAAGAGUAUAGACCUCCUCAGAAAUGCCGCUCAUAUGUGUUAUAUGCUUGUCAAAGCUUUCGUCAAUCGGAGGGCGUACGCUGAGCCGGAUCACGUGCCUGUCGCUCCAGCAGCCAUGAGGAGACAACAGAAUGUCUUUGUCGAAGAUCAACCGGAACCGGUGACAAAAUCCACGAGGCGCCAUCAAAUGCGAACAAGUCUUCGGUUUAACACACAGUUAUCCAUGUCAAUUGCCCCACAACUGAGACGCGAAGAGGACAUCAAACAGAUACUGUCCGUUUUGAGAGCCACCAAGGCGUUUAACCAUUUGUUCCCUGCUGAAAUGGAGACGGAAUUGGCAAAGGUGGUGGCUUACGAAAAGUAUGAUGACGGUCGGAUAAUUGCUAAACAAGGGCGGACACCUGAUCGAUUCUACUACGUCAUGACUGGCAAAGUUCACCUAAUACAAGAGUUUGUUCUGAAUGCUGGGACCGUUCGAAAAUCUAUGGGCUAUCUUACAAAAGGGAUGACUACGGACCCCAACGAACUAGACAACAAAUGGUUACGGGACAUGAAUAUGGUGGCCAAAGGACAAGUAGAGGUCCUGCUCAUUGAAAAAUCGGAUUUUGCCCGACUUCAGCAUACGACGGCCGGGCCACCAAUAGAAUUCCUCAGAAAUAUUGAUGUUUUUCAUGAAUUCCCGUGUGAGAAAUUCUUGGAUUGUGGAGAUGCUUUGGAAUACAGAUAUUACUGUGAGAAUCGGACGGUAGUACAGGACUCGAAUCGGACACCAUGGCUACACGUGAUCAAGUCCGGUUGCGUAAAGGUGAUUCGAGAACAGAACGUCAUCGACACGAGUAAUGACAAACUCUUCUCCGGUAGAAGUGUGGAGGAACUUGGAUGCGCCAGACCAUUCAGUCAUGCUGACGCAAUGUUAGGUAUCUUGGCUCAACAGCGGAAGAUGAAGAACCGACUGACCCUUCCAGAGAUAUCGAAGUCAAGAAGAUCCCCUUUGAAUUCCCAAACAUCAAUGACGGAAACAGUUGAAUCUGACAAAAGAUCUCCAGAUCCUGGCAGCGUUGGAGCUCUGGAGACCGAGGUCAAAGCACCCGUUACACCAGGGCCUACCUCACAGCAGCGCACAACUCUGAAGCAACAAAAGAAGUUAGUCCCGACCGAUCCCUUGUUAGCGUCCAUGGUGAGCAUCCCCAUCCAGUCCGCAGACGUGGCACUACCCCUGGGGGCGAGUCUUCAGCGAGAUAAGACGAAUUUAUCAAAGCCUAAACCGGCAGUGGAGGCCGUUCACAGGAAAGCCUACCUACAGUUGGAUCUUCUCAAAACAGGAGACGUGUUCGGAUUGUCCGAAAUGGCUGCUAAACUAAGACGAACUGCUAGUGAUGCGAAUAAGGGACUGGAGCACAUGGAGAGUCCACUGGCGUCAGAGGGCCCUGGGGUAAUCUUGGUCAGUGAGGGAGCGGAGGUCAUUAGAAUCAGCAAGAGGUUUUUUCUUCAACAUGCAAGGAACAACACAAUGUUAAAAAUAGAGACGAUGCAAAGAGAGUAUAUGAGUGAGGAGGAGGCCAUAGAUCAGCUGUACAGCACGGAAACAUGGCAUCGCUAUAAGUCUGCUCUGAUGUCGCGAACAAUACACGAACUAACCAAACCUUGAACAACCCUCAACAGCGUUCUCUCCAAGUAAACUGAAGUGCAGACCACGACAUAGAUGUUUAAUCCUUUGGAAGGAAAACAGACGUUCGUGGCGUCAUCGUGACCCGCAAGUUUAAACAAUUUAACCAUUGAACCCUGAAUAAGGGAGUGAAAUGUAAAGUGCAUGCCUCAAGGAAAUACGAGCAAACCAAGCGGGCGUAAAAAUUGGCUUACAAAAUUGGACAAGGGAGGUGUCCAGCUCACACCUUUCCUCCCUUGUGAAUGAGAGGAACGUCUACGUUCUGGUGGCAAUUUCGUAACAUGCACCUGUGCCCCAUAUUAGCUUUUCUGUAGAUAUGUGAAGAGAGAAGAAGAGAAUAAGAUAACGAGAGAGAAAGACUUACGUGCACACAGUCGAUGGUGAAAUAUGGCAAUUCUCAAAUAUUUCGUUAUAUAGUAUGCAAUCAAUUAUUGUACUUGAUUGUUCGUGACCAGCUUGGCAACUUUUGCAGUGACACAUUCCUCUGCAUGUAAUCCGUCCACAUGUUAAAUAUUUAAUAGUAUACCAGCCAUCAUGGCGAAUGGUUGACACUAGUGGAUUAUUUGUCUCAUGUUUAUGUAGACAAAGUGUCAGACCCAAAGACCCGCUGGACUGUUCCGUAAGCGACUCCGCACCUACCCCUCGCUUAACGCAUGUGAUGGUUUCAAACAGCAUUUCAGAUCGUGCCCUGGGAACAGGCCGGACAGCUUU